AUGCAUGAAAUUAAAAAAAUACCGCGACAAUCUCACGAUUAUACAUUAAUUGAUAAAUAUAACAAUCGUGAAAAUAAUUUUAAUAGACAAUAUGCACACAUAUAUACAGAAAGAUUACUAAUAUAUAGACCUAUUUUGAUUAAAUAUUGUGAAAAAAAAUUUGGUAACAAAUAUGAAGUUAAAAAGCUACACGAAGUCAAGUCAGCUGAAAAAUUGUGUAUAGUAAUAGGAACAAUUUUUAAACAUAUGCCACUAAGACCAACCAUUUUUAAAAAGAUAGCAAAUGAUCAUUUACCAAAUCAUCAUAUAGGUAAAUUUAUAAAACCUUCUGAUUCACUCAUAAUCGAGGAUGAAUUGCAAAGAGCUACAUUAGUUGGGAAUAUCUUUAAAGAAAAUCUUGUUAUAGGUGUCACAUUAGCCAUAAUUUGUUGUGAGGAUAAACAAGGUUGUUUAUUUGUAGAAGAUUACAUAUUUCCACCUUUACCUAAACAGAUUCCUUAUGUUUUGAUAAACAAACCAUCAAAAUACGUAGCUUUAAUAUCGGGUUUGGGUCUAAGUAAUCAAAAUUUAAGGAUGACUCAAAUUCAACUUAUGAUCGACACUAUAAAUGGAAUGAUCUUGGGAGACGAAAAAAAUCCACUAACCAUUGAAAUGGCAAAUAUUGUAAGAGUGAUCAUUGCUGGUAACUCUAUUGGUGAAGAUAUCUAUUUAGAUAACUUAUCAACCAGGGCCAAAUACAUAUCGAACAAGAUUUGCCUAUCUUCCUUUGACAAAAUAAAACAAUUGGAUGAUUUACUAUUCGGAUUAGCCAGUUCCGUUAACGUUGACAUAAUGGCCGGCCCCUAUGAUCCCGCGAAUAUCAUGCUCCCUCAACAACCCCUCAAUAAGCGAUUAUUCCAAAAAUGUGUCAAAUUAUCCUCGUUUAAUUCCGUUUCGAAUCCUUACGAAUGUAUCAUCGAUGGGAUUCGGAUUUUAGGGACGUCCGGUCAAAACAUUGACGAUAUUUAUAAAUAUACAGAUUUCGAUGAUAGGUUGGAAAUUUUAGAGAACACCCUAAAAUGGACCCAUAUGGCACCGACGUGUCCCGAUUCUUUACCCUGUUAUCCAUUCUUUAACAACGAGCCAUUUGUCAUGAAAGAAUGUCCUCAUAUCUAUUUUGCCGGGAAUCAAGCGGAAUUUAAGUGGAAACAUUAUCAGGGAGAUGAUGGCCAAAAAGUGUUACUCAUAAAUGUUCCAGAGUUCCAUAAAACUUCUCAAAUGGUAUUAAUCAAUAUAUCUAACUUUACUUGUCGCACUAUAUUAUUUAACACAACUCUUUAA